AUGGCAACUAUUCGCAUUGCUGACGACGUCCACCCCAAAAAUGAGCUGCAGGGCAAAGAGGGGCGGACCGCCGACGCGACCUCCAUCUACACCCACGAUGAUGGCAUCUACAACCUGCGCUCGAGGAGAUCUUCCCAUGACCUGAGUCUAUACCGCUCGAGGUCUCUGCAACAAGAUGAAGACCCCGGGCUGCGAAAACCAGGCGACUUCAAGGAGAAGCAGGUCUUCAGUGGCAAGAUGCUUCUCUGGCUCUCCUAUCAGUCGAUAGGAGUCAUUUACGGGGACAUCGGUACCAGUCCACUGUACGUCUACUCGUCGACCUUCACCUCUGCGCCGUCAAAGGAGGACCUCGUCGGCGUCUUGUCUCUCAUCAUCUGGUCUCUUAUCAUGAUGGUGACGGUGAAAUACAUCAUAAUCAUCCUGCACGCAGAUAACGAGGGUGAAGGAGGAACAUUCAGCACGUACUCCCUCCUCAGCCGCUACAUGAACAUCACGAAUCGCGAUCCAAGAGAAACCUCUAUGAUAAGAAUAAGGAGGCACGCCUCGGGCGAUCUCGAAGCCGCUGGGCGUGUCAUGCGGAAAGGCUUCGAAUCAAGUCGCUUAGCACGCGGCAUCCUCAAAACCAUGGGCGUCUUCGCUGUUUCUAUGGUCCUGUCCGACGGCGUCCUCACGCCUGCGCAGUCCGUUCUUGGAGCGGUUCAAGGUGCCCGGGUGGUCAACCCAGGCAUCUCGAAAGGCGCAAUUAUCGGAAUCACUGAUGCUAUUCUUGUCCUCCUCUUCCUCAUUCAACCUUUUGGUAUCACCAAAAUUUCAUUCGCCUUUUCUCCCGUCGUUAUUAUCUGGCUUGGGUUUAACGCCGUUUUCGGGAUCUACAACCUGGCUCACUAUGAUGCCUCAGUCUUUCGAGCUUUUAACCCUGGCUACGCAUUUAUAUUCCUGAUCCAUCACGGCGAGCAUGGAUGGAGAAUGCUCGGGGGUGUUUUGCUGGCUUUCACAGGAGUUGAGGCAUUAUUUGCAGACCUGGGUGCAUUCAGCCGCAGAGCAAUCCAGCUCAGUUGGCUGUGCUACACGUUCCCAUGUCUCCUUCUGGCAUACAUUGGCCAAGCGGCCUAUAUCAGUGUUCAUCCAGAAGCCUACUCAAAUCCAUUCUUUGAGGCUGCACCUCCAGGGACCAUUUAUCCCGCCCUCAUUAUCGCCAUUCUAGCAGCAAUUGUCGCUUCGCAAGCCAUUAUUACGGCUACAUUCCAGCUACUCCAUCAAGUCAUGAAAUUGUCAUAUUUUCCACAGCUUUCAGUCAAACAUACCUCAAAGAUCUUCCACGGCCAGCUCUACAUUCCUCUGGCAAAUUGGCUUCUCAUGAUUGGCACAAUCCUGGUGGCCUCAAUUUACAAUAACACGACUUCGCUCGGGAACGCUUAUGGUGUUUGCGUCAUGUUCGUCACGUUCUUCGACACAUGCAUGGUCUCGUUGACAGCCAUUUUCGUGUGGCGUUUCAGCCCAUAUCUCGUUGUUCUACCCUGGCUUACGAUCGCUUGUAUGGACGGCACCUUCCUUUCCUCAGCCCUCACCAAAGUGCCGGAUGGAGCCUGGUUUACUCUCACUCUAGCAUUUGUCUUGGGCAUGAUAUUCAUGCUCUGGCGCUUUGGAAAGGAGCAGCAAUGGUUCGCUGAGGCCGGCGAUCGGUUCCCGACCUCCCAUUUUGUCAAGAAAGGGGCCGAUGGCCGUCUACACCUCACUGAGCGAUACAGUGGCACAGCCCUGAGCAGCAUUAACGGGUUCGGUAUCUUUUUCGACAAGGGUGGUGAGACUACACCAAUAGUCUUCAGCCAGUUCGCCAUCAAACUCACCGCGAUGCCCGAGGUGUCGGUAUUCUUCCACCUCCGCCCGUUAGAGACGCCUUCCGUACCAGCAUCGGAGAGGCACACUGUCUCGAGACUGGCCAUCCCGCACUGUUACCGUUUGGUGGUAAGAUACGGCUACAACGACGAAGUCGUUACACCCGACCUGGCCUCCGUCAUCUAUGAGCAGAUCCGAGCGUACGUUCUUGCCGAACACAAAACGAAAUCGCAAACCAGUGACAAUUCCGUGCUCGCGGCGGGUGACGAAUGCGCCGUGGAAGACGCCGCCACAACAACAGAGAGCGAGACGGGCACGGGCACGGGCACGGGCACCGAACCCGACGAAGUCAAAUUUCAAUUCCCGCAAAAGGUCCUCCUGCACCACCAGCACCACCGCGACCUGGAAAAACGCACCGAGGCCCUCGCGCGCCUGGACCGCGCAUACGCCUACAAGGUCAUGUACAUCAUGGGCAAGGAGCAGUUGACCAUCAAGCACGGCACGAAUUACUUCCGGCGCACAAUCUUGGCGCUGUUCCUGUGGAUGAAGGACAACUCGAGGACCAAAAUGUCCAAUCUGGACGUGCCGACCGAGAAGCUCAUCGAGGUGGGCUUUUUGAAGGAGAUAUAG